UAUCUAGGGAACAGAAAAGUCGAUCGCGAAUGUUUCUGUUCAUGUUGCAACCGGACGCAAAGGGCAAGGUUUGCACGUCCGAGCCACGACCUCUCAAUGUCAGAACUAAAACGCGUAUAAACUGUGCUGAGACGCGCGUAUUCGUAGAAAGCAUCAGCGGAGGAGACAAAGGCCGAAGGCGAGAAAGGAAAGCAUCAACGGAGGAGAAAAGGAGAGCCUAGACUCCUCCAUAGUCCUCCAACCACCGUAGAGAGAGAUGGAUGAGGGGAUGACAGUAGCCGAUGCGUCCGCCUCUCGUUCGACAAAUCCGUCUCUCCCUUCUUCAACCCUCGCCACCAAUCUCCCUCUUCUCUCUGCAUUUCUUGCCUUCGCUACCGCCCAAUUUCUCAAGCUCUUCACCACCUGGUACAAGGAGAAGAGAUGGGAUUCUAAGAGGCUGCUAGGAUCAGGUGGAAUGCCAUCGUCACAUUCAGCAACCGUGACAGCUCUUGCUGCAGCUAUUGGUUUACGGGAAGGGACUGGAGGAUCAUCAUUUGCCCUUGCUGUGGUUUUGGCAGCCGUUGUCAUGUACGAUGCUACUGGGGUUAGACUGCAUGCUGGCCGGCAAGCUGAGCUGCUGAAUCAAAUAGUAUGUGAACUACCUCCAGAACACCCUUUAUCUAACGUCAGGCCAUUGCGUGAACCUCUUGGUCAUACUCCACUCCAGGUCUGUCUGCUCAGCCAUGAGCUCAAAUGCUUACCAAACUGUUAAAAAGUUGGUUCGACUCGAUGAGUUAACCCUAGAGUCGACUGAAAGUCUGAAACCUGAGGUGAGCCCAUGGACUCAGCUUGCUCGUAUAUUUUAAUAAACUUGGUGUGAUACAGUUUAUGUUGGUAUUUGGAAAUUUUAGGUCAGCUUACUAUAUAUUGUCUAUCAGUGUUCAUUUUUUUAUUCAGGAUUAGAGCUUGUAGCUCAAUGGUAGACAGCGGGCACUUCACCAUCAAGGUCUUGGGUUCAAUCCCAGCUUAGCUAUCAAAAAAAGGAAAUUGUUUUUUUCUUUUUUCUUUUUUCUUUUAUUUGAAAAGGUAGACAGCGACAUUGAAGUCUCGGGUUCAAUCCCAGCUUAGCUAUCAUAAAAGAAUUAUUAUUAUUAUUAUUAUUAUUUUGAAAAGGUAAUGGAGCGACUGUCACGUGACAAUACUUUUGUGGAUUCCUUUUUCUCUUUCUAGUGACCAACAUUUUUAAUCACGUUAAAUAAGAAUUUUAUCAUGUGUUUAACAAUUUUAGUCAUCUUGAU